AUGUUGCGAAGUACCACUUUCAUCGUCAACAAUUUGGUACCGCCUUUGCUCCCGGGUAGCGACUUGCGCAUCAACACUUGUACCCUGGCUGGUAUCCAUGUAGGAUCGCCCCCGUGGAAAACGCCACGAUCCCAGGUGCUUUCCCACGGCUGGGGGACUGGCACCCUUGCUUCUCGAUGCCGGCGUACUGAUCCCGGCCCUUUGGGCCCUGGCUCGGGAGUCAACCGGGCUCAUGUAGAGACAAUCUUUGCUCGUACCUCCUCAACGAGUGAGCUUCGACAGAUUGAGGUUCACGUUAAGGUCUGGAGCUGGAUCUGGUUCAAUCUGGGCUACGCAGAGAAGCACAACACGAGCAUGGUCUUGGUAUCAUCGACUGUGGAGAGUGGAGAUUGCGGCAGAGCACCUGGUAUUCACCUGGUAAGCAAAACACCCUAUAUCGAAACGGCCGAAGCGUAUGUUAAGACGGGAAAAGACCCCAUCUCUAGAUGA